GUCCGCUGCCUGGCACGAGUUGGAGACGAGCUGCAGGGCGCAGGUGGACUGAGGAGGACGUGCGACGCUCGUUCUGUGUGGAUUUUGCAUUGAGGAAAUCACAAGAUAGCCCGACUGGUACAAUUCGAACGUUUCAACGAGUUGGGAUUAUUCCGAAAGGCAACGCGUGGUUUCUUCUGACUUCGAAGCAGGGGGUCGACGUCCCCUGCCUCUGGUUUUCGGAGGCUGCGACGAUUCCGGCAUUGUGAUGCGGUGAAAGUGUGCUCGAGUCCUGCGGGUAAACAGCACAGUCCACCAACUCUUACUCGGUUGUUGUUGUCCCCCCCCCGCCCCCUCCCCGAUCCUUGUUUUCAGCGAAGACUUUUGAGCAGUUGAAUGGCAGCCAUCACAACUCGACUGCAGUACUUUUACGCACACUCGAUGUGCCGUCUUGCUCACUUCAGUCACGGACUCAACGGUUUCUUCCAAAAGCAUUGAAUGAAUUCUCCAGCCGCCUCCUAUUUAUGAAACGCGUUGAAAAUAUCGGAGGCGUCGUUGACUCGCGCGCGUAUGAAUGCGCUCAGAAUCUUGCCAUUUUUGUCCCUGAAAUGUGUCUUGGUGGUGACUUUGAAGUCACCGUGGUGAAUGCCGUUUUUGACUAGUGUUGUUCCGGCCCGAGUGGGACAAGAUGAACCUGCGCUUUGUCAGCCUUCUCCUCGCUUUGGAUUUCGUCACGGUUGCGCUCAGUUUGUCGACAUGCAGCGUAUUGGACAUGGAGCAGUUCAAGAAGAAGCGCAUCGAGGCGAUCCGAGUGCAGAUCCUGAGCAAACUCAAGCUCGCCAAUCCGCCGCAGGACUUCCCCGAGCCCGAGGACGCGUCCAGGGACAUCGUAGCCAUUUACAACAGCACGCGGGACCUCUUGCAGGAGAAGGCCAAUGAACGGGCGGCAACGUGCGAGCGACAGCGGAGCGAGGAGGAGUACUACGCCAAGGAGGUGCACAAGAUCGAGAUGCAGCCCAUCUACCCGUCUGAGAAUGUUAUUUCUCCAACUCUCUUCAACCCUUACUUCAGACGGCUAAUGUUUGAUGUGUCCUCCAUGGAGAAGAAUGCCUCCAACCUGGUGAAAGCUGAGCUGAGAAUCUUUCGUCUUCAAAAUCCUAGUGCAAGAGUAUCUGAGCAACGCAUUGAGCUAUACCAGAUUUUAGCACACAAAGACCUGACAUCCCCAACCCAACGAUACAUUGACAGCAGAGUGGUACGAACACAAACAGAGGGCGAGUGGCUUACCUUUGAUGUGACAGAGGCAGUGAGUGAAUGGAUGAACCACAGAGACAGAAACAGUGGAUUCAAGCUCAGUCUACAUUGCCCAUGUUGUACUUUUGUUCCAUCAAAUAACUACAUCAUUCCAAACAAGAGUGAGGAGCUGGAGGCACGGUUUGCAGGUAUUGAUGACAGCUUCAUCAACGGUGGUGAUCUAAAAGUAUUCAAGAGGCUGCGCCAUAGUACUCGGCCUCCACACCUUCUAAUCAUGCUGCUACCCUCAUACCGAUUGGAGUCUCCAUUUCACCACAAAACACAUCGAACAAAGAGAGCCCUGGAUGCAGCUUACUGCUCUAGAAAUGUUCAAGACAACUGUUGCUUAAGGACCCUCUACAUUGACUUUAAGAAAGACCUUGGCUGGAGGUGGAUUCAUGAGCCAAAGGGCUAUGAGGCCAACUUCUGUGCUGGAGCCUGUCCUUAUCUAUGGAGUUCUGACACACAGCAUGCCAAGGUGUUAGGCCUUUAUAACACCAUUAACCCUGAUGCAUCAGCGUCACCCUGCUGUGUGUCCCAGGACCUUGAACCCCUCACCAUCCUUUACUACAUCGGCAAGACACCGAAAAUAGAACAGCUCUCCAAUAUGAAGGUCAAGUCUUGCAAGUGCAGCUAGAAACUAAGCCAGCACAAGCCACUCCCACCUUCCUUCACACAAUAACGCACACACACCAUUUGCAACCAUGCUCUCUCUUCUAUUUUUGUACACACAGUCCAGUGUCAUGUGAUCAAGAUUAGAGGUACUGAACAAAUAAACCUCAUUCCAAAAUGGCACUGCAAUGCUCUUACGAAUACACUACACAGACCAUGAUUCCAUAAAGACUUUUCCACCAUGUGCCUUGAAUUUGUUUUUGUUUGUUUCUAUGCUGUUUAACAGACACCGAAUCUGUCUCAUGGUUCAAUAUUUUGAUGAUGAACAUUCGUCCAAGUUGAAGUGUGCCUUCAGUUUGUGGUGCCCUGCAUGGCUUUCUAAGCAUCAGCCCCUGUUGGCUAUCAGAUGUUAAGAUUCAACCUGUCAUAUCCAACCAAGCCUCUUCUUUCGAAAGAGAAACAGCGCAGUUAUUUUGGUGCAAACAUAAGGUUGGGGUAUUGUUUUAAUGCAGCUAAACAAUCUAAACGAAAGGCUAGAUGAAUAAGAAGUCCUCAGUUCUUUUGUUUUUUGUUUUUUUGGGGGGGUUUUUUUAUAAUGAAAUUGACAACCGUGAAAUGACUGGCAUUAUCGGUGCAAGAUGCAGUGUAGGCAAUGACGUUGCAUGUUUUGUGCAGUAUGUUUGCCAUGGAGUUUAAGAUGAUUAAUUACCACUGUCUUUCAGUGAAACACACUGGAAUUGACAGAAACGCAGUUUUAGGGAGACUGACAAAUACUCAGUCUUGACUUCCAUCAUUUUCCCCUCAAAAUAAGAAAUGUACCAAUUAUUGUUGGUUUAGUUUAGGAGAAUUGCUAUAUUAUACAGCUUUUUAAAUUGAAGCAUUUUUAAGUCAAAAUUGCAUGAUUGGCAGAAUAGAUCAGUUAUAAACUACAAUAACUUUUAACUUGUUGCUACGUGAGCUGUAAUUUACUGUAUCAAUAGAUGACACCCUAGAACAUUAUUGGACCAGGAUUCUCAUUUCAAAUUAGAAAAUCCCACUGCGCACCACCAUACGGAAUGUGCAUUGCUGCCACACCAGAAAAAGAAAGUUCAGUAUCGCCUUAUAACAUGAUCAAUUUCACGUUUUAAUAUGAUUACUUAUCCCGUUGAAACAUAUCUUUGACUUCUACAUUUGGCUAAACAAAAUAAAGCAAUUUCUCCUGGUUCAGGUCACUUGCAGAGCUUCAUGAAUGUACAUAUGCGUGUCUUCUUUUUACGUCUUAAAUCUUUGUAAACACUUGGCCUUGUCUUUUAAAAACAAAUUUUUAAGUAGGCUAUUAUAGACGAGCAGCGUAGUUACGUGGCUAGUAACUUUGAUUUAUAAGAUACAAAAAGAAGACACAAGGUCUUCAUAGUGCUACGCCAGUGACCUGAACUAGAAAUAAUUGCUUUGUUUUGUUUUGACGAAUGUGAACGUGAAACUUAUCACGUUAAAACGUUAAAAUGUAUCUCCUUUUAAUGUGAAAUUUAUCAUGUUAAAACAUGUUAUUUAUCACGUUACAAACUGAUACUGAACUCUUUUUUUCUGGUUUGGCAGCAAUAUGCUUCUGUACCAGCAGACAAAAAUGUUACAGAAAGUAUACAGUAAAUACUGAAAUAAUGGUGAUCUCAUCUCAAUUUACUAACAAAUUCACAUACUCAGUGUGAAAUCUGGGUCUGUUUAGUUGAACACAAAGCUGAUAUACUCGCAGGAAGCCAUGACUUACACCAUGAAUGGCAACAGAACAGGUUCAUUGUACCUAAUUGUUCUGCCUGCCACUGUACUUCAAUGGCAUAGAUAGAUGAACAAAGCUAUAUUCAUAAUGAUAAAUAAUGAUAUUCUGACAAAUAAAGUGAAAUUGGAUUUCAUCCCUGAUGUUCACUCACGGCACACCUGGUUGGAAAUCAUUGCCCUAGAUAACCUUGUCACAUGUUGCUAUUAAUGUUUGAACAACAAUGACCCUGCCAAGAGGUGAUUGAAUAUAUCCAUCCAUUUUCUGAGCCUCUUCUCCUCACUGCUGGAGCCCAUCCCAGCCGUCAUCGGGCAGGAGGCAGGGUACACCCUGAACUGGUUGCCAGCCAAUCGCAGGGCACAUACAAACAAACAACCAUUCGCAGUCACACCUACGGGCAAUUUAGAGUCACCAAUUAAUGCAUGUUUUUGGGAUGUGGGAGGAAACCGGAGUGCCCGGAGAAAACCCACGCAGGGACGGGGAGAACAUGCAAACUCCACACAGGGGGGGCCGGGGAUUGAACCCCGGUUCUCAGAACUGUGAGGCUGACGCUCUAACCAGUCGUCCACCAUGCCGUGAUUGAAUAUAUGAAUCAGAAAAACCCUGGUAGAAAAAAGCAUUUGUUAACAUGAAAGCGUUUUAAUGUUAUCAAUGUAUUGACAAAAUGUUGAUUGUCAUCAUCACAAUGUGCAGGUGGCUUUGCAAGGAUACGGCCUUUCUUUCAUUCUCCUUCUAUAGAAGGCCAAGUCAACAUGAAUCAACUCACGCACUUGUCUCAUGAGACGCGAGAGUAAAGGCAAACACUGGAAGUUUAUGUGAUAAGUGUCUAUAUGUGAAAUGAGUUCUGGAACAUGACACAGAUCCACCCUCAAUUCCCAUCCACCUUUAGCGCUCUCCCUUAUUCAGUCACAUCACAUCCUCAUUUGCAUUUGUCUUUGUUUUGUAUCCUUUGUAUGUUUAAUAUAUUCAUUGUUUUGCUAUUUAAGAUGUUCGUGCUUAGGUGCCUCACACCCAAGAGAUUUUGAAUAUAGUUGAGAUGUGGACAGUUAACCUUGCAUUGUGGAAAUGCAACCUCUACAUCCAUUUGUAUCUUUCAGGUGCUCUAUUAAAUAUUAUUUUUGUUGUAAAAUGUUAAUAGUUUUGGACAAAACUACUGUCUGUUGAUAUGGUGAAAGGGUAAACAACUUCAAUGUACAAAACGUUUUUUUGUUUUUUUUGUUUUGUUUUUUUCAAACUGUUGACUCUGUCGAAUAUGUGUCUGUCAUAAAAACAUGGUUUGGGAAUGAAACUUUGCAAGUGCUGCAAUCGGAUUCCUGCAGCACAUAGAUGGCUAUUCUGUAUAAUUGUUUUGCAUUACAAAGCGAUAAGCCGUUUUAAAAUUGUUACGUUUUUGACAGCCCCGAGACCUUUGCGGGCCAAGUGCAUCUUACUAAAAGGCAUUGAUUUGCUGUAGCUUCAUAAGGAAGAGACUUUAAAUUUGUAUUUUUUUUUUUACAGGAGAUAUUUCAGACCACUUACUGUAGUGAGUAUGUUGAUAACAUGGGCAUUAAAGCAGUUUUUAUGAUGCAUGUCAAAAUUUGAUAUUUGGCAGUUCCGCAGCAUUUGUUAAAUGCGAAAGCCAUCAGCCAGAUGUAAGAAGCUACUGAAAUUCCUACCAUUCACAGUUUAGGAUGAUUUAAACAGCAAUCAUACAAUUCUUAAAACAUUCUUGGAUCCAAGAAAAAUUGAGGUGUUUCGCUUUGCUCCUCUGGUAUUUUCUGGAAAAAUAACAACAUUGCUUCCUCAUUGCCUCCUGUAUGUCAAUUUGAAAAAGGCCUAGCUGGAGGAAAUACAGCAAUUUGAAACAGGGAUCAAGGAGCAAAUAUAACAACUUUCCUUGGGAAUUAAUGGGAAUUUAUGAACAUUUUGAGGAAUUAAUCUGCAGGACUAAAGUGGAAAUUUGAAGAUUUGUUUAUUACAGGGAAGUUUUUUUGUACAAAAGUAAUAACUUCUUGUGGCAGUAUAUUUCUUCGCAAUUAGAUUAAAUUUGCAAUUUCCAAAUUUUUCCCAAUUAAAGCACUUCUUUAACAAUUACAAUUUACAAAUAGUUUAAAUAAAAAGUUAUUUACUUCUAUUCCUAAACAGAAAACGUUAGUGGUUGAAUGUUAUGCUUUAUUAAUUCCAGACUUCUCAGAAAUGCCUAGUGAGGCAGCUCAAAUGUCCGUAUAAAAAAAGUGUAUUGAGUUUGAAAGUCCUUAUUUCUGUUCAAGAUGGUAAACGUUGAAAUCUCAGAGAAACAGGAAGAGUCUGCAUUAAAGAACAAAAUGAUUCUAGUCUCUUCUUGUGGUCUUAUCAAUUUGUUGUUCCGUAUAUGUACAGUAGAUGAUGUGAGUUUGUAUGAGUCAUCACAAAUGUCCAGUUAAUUUGCAUCGAUGAUCUUUUAUUCUCAAGGAAAGUUAAAAACUGUAUUUCCAAAUUCCUCCUAAAAAAAAAACUCCAUUGGUAAGUCCCUUUUUUCGUACCUUCUGAAAGAAAACUCAAAAGUUCCUGUGAUUAUAUUUUACAAGGAACUCUGUUAAGUAAACAAAUCUGCAUAGAAUAUAUCCCUAACAUGACACAAAUGCCUUCUGCCAUUUAUGUCCCUUCUACUGUACUCUAUUUGGAUUUGGAUUGUUUCGCUUGUGUCCUCGGUCACAAAGAGUUGAACCUUCAGCAGUAGUUUGUGGUUAGUUUAAGAAGCUUUCCACACUUGGAGAAAGUAAAAGAAGUGAUGACUGUUUUAUACACAUGAGGAGAACACUGGUGUCAUGUCACGCACUCAACAGAGUCAUGUGCUUACCCCACAGUGGUUUGGAAAGCUCUGGGUUCAGAGAGGGGUUGUCUUUUGGCAAGUGAUGACAGUACAUAGGGAGAAACACUGAGUACGAUCAGUGUGAUUUGACCCAAUUUAGGAAUGUUGCUUACUAGAAGAAGAGACCUUUCAAAUGUUUUAUGAUCCAAAAACAUUACGAAAUAUAUCGGUCAGUCAAUGGUCAAGUGUUCCACUUUGUUCAAGCUUAUAAUAAUGUCAACACUGAGGCAUAUUCCUGCCAAUAUAAAGCUUUUGUUAACCCACAACGUCUGUCUGUCAUUAGCUUUUCAAACAAAUUGCACUGAUGCUGUUUUAUUUUUAGUAUGUUGAAAAAGAGUUCUUCCUUUUAUAUUUUAGUGAGUUAAACACCCCUUCCCCCGUCCUUUAUCUAACGAGGCGUGUCGAUGACCAUCCCAACAGGGCAAUCGGUGCCAGUGGACAUCCUGACUAGCAGGGAAAUAGGAUUUCUACACGCCUAGUUUGUCAUGGUAGAGCCGUUGUUGUAUUUGUAUUUGUAUUUGUUGUUUUUAAUUAUGUGAUUGUGACCCACUAUACUGUACUCUAAUAUGGUAUACUGUGGUGCUCU